AUGCCUUCACAACAGACUCUCUACCCCACGGGUCUCUACCCCGCCCCCAUUCAGUCCCCCGUAGCCCCCAGUGAUGGUUCACCGGAGCCACUAUGGAAGCGUGUCUUUGGCGGCCACGACACUGCUCCCCUUCCUCCGGUCCCUCAGCGCCAGGCGUCUGGCCACCAGCCAAACCCCAACAAGCACGCCGAGCCCUACCGCUACGUUCACGAGGACGACUUUAGCUUCAACGACUUUGUCGAAUACACUCCUCCCACUUUGCAGAACCCUCAGCACCGCGACAAGGGUCCAACACACCACACUUCGUACAACGAAUACAGCCCUCCCAACUCUGCUCGCGACAAGUCUCCGGCGGCUGCCAAGGCUUAUGGCGAUUUCAGCUCCACCAACUCUGCCCGUGAAGAGUACCUCGCGGCAGCAAAGGAGCAGUACAUUGCUGAGCAGCGCAAGAGGUACAUUGCCAAUGCUCGCGGCCAGCCAACCGACAACCUGACCCCGGAGGAGGCCAAGCAGCGCGCCAGGGAGCGGUACAUUGCCAACGCCCAUGGCAAGCCAGCCCCGCCUCCCGUUCACGCCGCCCCGUCGUACAGUGCCCAGCCCCCACCUUACUCGGCGCCGGCGCCAGCGGCCCCCAUCACCUCCCCGCGUUCAACCCACGGCCACGGCCAUGCCCCGCGUUCUCCGCGCGUCCCUGCAGAGUACCCUGUCCAGGCUGCUCCCCUUGCCCCUACUCGGAGCCACACGGCCCCAGCCCAUGUCGCCCAUGUCGUCCCCCUCACCCGGGCCACCACCCGGACCGCCCCUCCCCCACCUACCCCCGCGCCGCCCAUUCCAGUGGCUUUGCCCAAGAAGGUCGACCCCAUCAUGACCGUCACCGAGCUCGCCAACUGCACCCCCAAGGUCGCCAAGAAGGCGCUCAAGGAAGCCAAGGGCGACGUGACGCGCGCAUCGCACAUUGUCAAGCAUGCCAACCACCCCAAGGGCCGCGGCCACGAGACUGGCUGCAACAUCUGCGCCGAGAAGGAGUGGAAGAAGAUUGAGGAGGAGGAGCGGUUCCAGGCAGAGCUCAAGCGCAUGGCCGAUCUCCGCCGUAUGCGUAUCGCCACCGCCGUCCCUGGCCAAGAGCACCUGGCGGCCAUGGGCUUUGUGCCUCCUCGCAAAGAGUUCCUGGACCAGGCGGGCCUCGGACACGCAACGGGCGGCGGGGGAUCGUCUGCUGGAACCCCCUCGAUUCAUUCUCGCUAG